AUGCAACUCCCAAAGCCGAUACUUAUGCUCGCCCUUCUCUGUCAACUGGUUGCGUCAGUCGAAAGUCAAGAUACUGAUCUCGAAUUUAAGUGUGGUAGUUCAAACAUAAGCAUGAAGAGAAAAGAAAUGCAAAUUUCCAUGGACAGAGUUGCGAGAAGGAGUCAUACAUAUUUCAAUGAAUGUGGAAUAACGCAACUUAUUUUGAGUUGUUCACUUGAAGAUGCAAUGGUGAAAAGAUACGAUGGGCCGGACUUUACAGCCCCAAGCGGUAGUAUUUUAUUGAAGACUCCGGUGAAGGUGAACCAUGCAUUAAGGAACUUUAAAGGUUUAACCUGGGUUGUUCUUAGCUGUAACAAACUCACAUGCGAGUUCAAGGGUGUGAUACGUAAAACUUACGUGGAUAUGAAACACAGAACUUGCGACGGAAUAUCGCGCGUAAAAGCUGGUCCAAAUUCACCUACAACUCAUGUUUAG